AUGAAGUCCUCGCUCUUCGCCGCCCUUGUCGGCGGCACUAUCGCUGGUGUGGCUGCCUCCCCCAUGGACGAGCUCUUUGGCCGCCAGGCCGCGUGCAACCGCGACAACUGCUUCCGUGCCGUCAUCGGCUCCCGGCCCGGGCCGGCGGUGGCAUCGGCCGACUGUUCCUCAUGGAUGCAAGUCACCGAGACGCCCUGCGCCUCGACCGUGACGCAGACGGCCGUCGUCACGUCCUUCACCACCACCUUGGCCAACCCCUACCCGGGCCUCAGGAAGGUGAAGCGCGAGGAGCUGGAGGGCCGCCAGGCCGCGUUGACUACCACCGCCGCCGCCGCCGCCGCAGCGUCAUGCACCCCCGAGCAGAGCCGCCCGAGCAGCAUGCCUGCUUACAUCGACACUGCCUGCAAGGCCACCAUCGGCACGCUCGUCCCCACGGCGCGCUACUCGUCCGCCUGCUCGUGCGACGGCAUCGCCGCCGCGACGACGACGCUGCCUGCCGCGGUCGUCACCGUGACCAGCACCAGUACCGUGCAGGCCGCCUUCACGCCCACCAACACGCCCGCGGCCUUUCUCCUGCAAGGGUCCGGCGACAGGAGCCUGUACGUGACGGUCGACGGCAGCGGCGCCUUGCGUCUGGUCCGCGACGCCUCGGCGGCCACGCCCUUCUACGUCGACAAUGCCGGGCAGAUGCGUAACUAUAACAGCCCGGACAAGACCCUCGUCGACUACUACCAGCCCGACCCGGCCACCGCCAACGAUAAGGUGUAUAGCGACGUGCAGCGCGAGGGGAACUACCCGAUCACCUGCAGAAACGUCGGCCGCAACGCGGACGAAUACUACGGCGGCUGCGAGUCGAGCGGCUCGCCCACUGGAAAUCCUGUAGUAUACGGCUUUGGCUACUGCCCCAACCAGGGCGGCUACGUGUACAUGAUCCCAAACAACUCGAACGUGCGCUGUGCGGGAGGUUAUGCUUUCCUGGGCUUCUGGCUCCAGGCGUACUCGGCCAGGAAGUAG